AUGGGGAUGAGGACGAGCAGACCUGGAGUGCAGGAGAGCUUCAGGCUGCAUGCUCUACUCAAAUGCGCUGCGGUGAACGUCAAUGAAGGAUUAAAAAGGUGCCAUUCAGACAUGCCGGCCAAUGGCCCAGAUCCUCUAGGAAUGACAGAUAGGGUCCCUCCCCACCCUAAUCAUGGUCAAAUGAUCAUGCAUCCAGAGAACUUAUAUUUUAGAGUGAAGAGCUCACCAGUGAGACUCCCCGUGGAUGAAGAGCCCAUAUUCCCCACACUCCGUCUGUUCACUGCAGCCCAGGAAAGAAUCCACACAUUUCCCUUUACUCAGGCACCUGCAGCUUUCAUCAAGGAACAACCUGACAUCACCCCUGACCUGAGCAUCACCAGGAGAAACCGGGCAUUGAAUUCUGGGAUGCUCUUGUAUGCAGGUUUUAACAAGACUUUCCUCGGAUUUCUUGAGACUCCUCACUGUGUGUGCAGCAGGAGCUGUGGCCCUGGAUGGAGGCAAGCUCCCCAGUGGGGAAAGGCUGCCUGCUGCUUUGACUGCAUGUGCUCCCCAGAGAAGGAGGUGUCCAAUGCCACGGUUGAUAUGAAGCAAUGUGUGAGGUGUGCAGAGGAUCAGUACCCUAAUAGUGACCAUGACCAUUGCCUCUCAAAGGUGGUGACCUUCCUGGCCUGUGGAGAUCCUCUGGGGAUGGUCCUGGCCUGCACAGCCCUUGGUCUGCCUGUGCUCACAGCUGGGGCUCUUGGGGUCUUUGUGAAGCACAGGGACACCCCCAGAGUCAAAGCUAAUAACCGGGCUCUCAGCUACAUCCUGCUCAUCUCCCUCAUCCUGUGCUGCCUCUGCUCCUUCCUCUUCCUUGGCCGUCCCAACACUGCCACCUGCCUCCUCCAGCAAAUGCCCUUUGGGGUCAUCUUUACUGUGGCCUUUUCCACCACUUUGGCUAAAACCAUCACUGUGGUCCUAGCUUUCAAGGUCACAACCCCAGGGAGAAUGAUGCAGCAGUGGUUGCUCUCAGGGGCCCCCAGUGCCCUCAUUGCCAUCUGCUCCCUGAUUCAAGGGACUUUCUGUGCAGUCUGGUUGGGGACCUCUCCCCCUUUCAUGGACAUAGAUGCACAUUCGGAGCCUGCCCACCCCUCCCCGACUGUCAUAUGCAACAAGGGCUCUGCCAUGAUGUUGUAUCUUUCCUUAGGAUACUGGGUUUUCUUGGCUCUAUUGAGCUUUUCCUUGGCUUUCCUGACCAGGAGCCUGCAUGACACUUUCAAAGAAGCCAGGUGGCUGACAUCCAGCAUGCUGGUGUUCUGUAGUGUCUGGAUCGCAUUCCUCCCUUUGUACAAUUGCUCCAAAGGGAAGGUCACGGUGGUGGUGGAGGUCUUUUGCAUCUUGGCUUCCAGUGCUGGGUUACUGGGGUCCAUCUUUGUUCCCAGGUGCUGCCAUAUUCUCCUCAAGUCAGAGAGAAAUACCCUGACUAAACUAAGGGGGCCAACUCUGGCAGUCACUGAUCUGUUCUCUGUAUGUAAAAGUCAAGAGUGCUCUUGUAGUGCAGCAGCUUUGGAAUCCAGCCUUGUCACUGUGGUGGCUUAG